CUGCGUCUGCGCUUUCUCGCUGACCGGCUCCAACUUCAUUGUCUGGGCCAUGUGAUUUGGACACUUGUAGUUCUAGUUCAACUACCCUGUUCCGAAAGAUGGUUUCACCCACUUUUGCUAUACAGCGGUAGACAGAGGCGCUACUAGUCUGGAUUUGAAGGGGGGUGGGGAAAUGCCAUUUCCGGAUGUGACACCACGUUGACCCGGAAAAGGAGGGGGCCGGGGCAGUGUGGCCUUGGCGACGGUAAUGGAGGCAUCUGGCUACAGAGUGGUGUUUCAGAAGGGAGGCGUGUAUCUGCACACCAGCGCCAAGAAGCACCAGGACCCGGACUCCCUCAUCGCGGGCGUCAUCCGUGUCGUGGAGAAGGACAAUGACGUCUUUCUGCACUGGGCUCCUGUAGAAGAGGCUGGAGAUCCCACCCAGAUCCUGUUCUCCAAGAAGGACUCCAGUGGGGCUGAGUCCGGCACCUCUGAGGAAGAACCCACCUUUGACCCAGGCUAUGAACCUGACUGGGCUGUCAUCAGCACUGUGUGGCCACGGCCCCACCAGCCAGAGCCCAGGAGAGGUGAAGAGCCCACCUCCCCCCGUGGCCCCUGGGCCUUCUCAGUGAGUCUAGGGGAGCUCAAGUCCAUCCGCCGGUCGAAGCCAGGCCUCAGCUGGGCCUACCUGGUCCUGGUGACCCAGGCAGGAGGCUCCCUGCCUGCCCUGCAUUUCCACCGUGGGGGCACCCGUGCCCUGCUCCGUGUCCUGAGCCGCUACCUGCUGUUGGCCAGCUCCCCACAGGACUCCCGCCUCUACCUUGUCUUCCCCCACGACUCCUCUGCCCUGUCCAACUCCUUCCACCAUCUGCAGCUCUUUGACCAGGACAGCUCCAAUGUGGUGUCUCGCUUCCUCCAGGACCCCUACUCUACCACUUUCAGCAGUUUCUCCCGGGUGACCAACUUUUUUCGGGGAGCCCUGCAGCCACACCCUGAGGGAGGCGCCUCACCUGACCUCCUCCUGCCUCCCGAUGAUGAGCCUGAGCCUGGGUUUGAGGUCAUCUCCUGUGUGGAGCUGGGGCCACGGCCAACCGUGGAGCGGGCUCCUCCUGUCACAGAGGAGGAGUGGGCUCGACACCUGGGCCCCGAGGGCCGCCUGCAGCAGAUCCCCGAGUUGAAAAACCGGAUCUUCUCAGGGGGUCUGAGUCCUGGCCUGCGGCGCGAGGCCUGGAAGUUCCUCCUAGGCUACCUCGCCUGGGAGGGCUCAGCCGAGGAACACAAGGCCCAUGUGCGCAAGAAAACGGACGAGUACUUCCGCAUGAAGCUGCAGUGGAAGUCGGUGAGCCCUGAGCAGGAGCGGAGGAACUCCCUGUUGCACGGAUACCGAAGUCUCAUUGAGAGAGACGUAAGCCGCACGGACAGGACCAACAAAUUCUACGAGGGCCCUGAGAACCCUGGGCUGGGCCUGCUUAACGACAUCCUGCUCACCUACUGCAUGUACCACUUUGACCUUGGCUAUGUGCAGGGCAUGAGCGACCUUCUCUCGCCGAUUCUCUACGUCAUUCAGAAUGAGGUGGAUGCUUUCUGGUGUUUCUGUGGCUUCAUGGAGCUUGUGCACGGGAACUUUGAGGAGAGUCAGGAGACCAUGAAGCGGCAGCUUGGACAACUCUUGCUGCUCCUGAGGGUUCUGGACCAACCACUCUGUGACUUCCUGGACUCCCAGGACUCCGGCUCUCUCUGCUUCUGCUUUCGGUGGCUGCUCAUCUGGUUCAAGAGGGAAUUUCCCUUCCAGGAUGUCCUUCGGCUGUGGGAGGUGCUGUGGACGGGGCUCCCUGGUCCCAGUCUGCACCUGUUGGUAGCCUGUGCCAUCCUGGACAUGGAGCGGGACACCCUCAUGCUGUCCGGCUUUGGCUCCAAUGAGAUCCUGAAGCACAUCAAUGAGCUGACCAUGAAGCUGAGCGUGGAGGACGUGCUGACGCGGGCCGAGGCCCUCUAUCGGCAGCUGACCGCCUGCCCGGAGCUGCCCCACAACGUGCAGGAGGUCCUGGGUCUCGUGCCGCCCUCAGAGCCCCGCAGCCCCUCGCCCCCCGCCUCCCCGCUGCCGCUGUCGCCCACGCGGGUCCCGCCGAUCCUGGCGGAUACAGCGCCGCAGCCCGACAGUAGCCUGGAGAUCCUGCCGGAGGACGACUGCGCUGACCCCUAGGGCCUCGGGGGCGGGGCCUUCUUGAGGGGCCCGGCGGGCGGCGCUCCUGAUAGGCUGCGCUCUCUAAACUGACACUCCGUUGGUCCGCCUUGUGUUGGGAAAGGCGGCUGCCGGUUCAUCGUGACCUGGGUGGGCGGGGGACGGCUCCUUGCCCCCCAGUGCCCUCUGUGGAGCCCAAGCGCGACCACAUGACCCUGACUUGGCCAGUGGGGCGGGAGAGGAGGUCCCGUGAGGGUACCUUGGGGAGGGGUGCGCAGGCCUGCAGCUGCCACUAGGAAUUGUGCGGGCACCGGGUCCCCGGGGGCCACAUAGAUGCUCCAGAGCCCUACCCAGCAGCCGCUGCUUCUGUAAAAAAUAAACGUGAAAUCCUCUGGC